AUGUCAUCUUCCUCUUCUGAUGUAAGCGAUGUUGAAUUUAAUGAAGAUGAAGAGUUUGGUUUAUCUCCUUUCAUGUUCGAACCGGAACGGAGUCAAAGUGAAGUGGCUGCAGCUUUAGAAGCUUUAGGAAACAACGUUGGUGCUAAAAACUGCAAUGUUGAAGCUGGAAAUCGUGUUGGAAAUGUUGAGUGGUGCCAGUGCAAAAAGUGUAAAAUUAUGGUAACUGAAACGGAAAGUUUAUGUUGUCGUGAUAAUAAUGAUAUUCCGGACGGUCAUUUUCAAGGUCAUACGUGUGUUACAAAUUCGGAUGAAUUCAAAAUGGUUUGUUUGCCGGAACCCGUGUUACGGACAGCACUAGGUGCUAUUCACAACAUGAGAGGGAUUCGUCAUAAACUUUGCAACAGAUCAUAUCGGUUUGCUGCUUAUAAACAAUAUAUAUGGUGGGUGUAUGGAAGACUGGGCAUAGGUUAUCGAAAGCCUAUACCAUCAUGUGUUGUGUGGGUAAUCCGUAAUGAAUACCCGCAGCCCGAUGGGGUAUACGUGCCAUACACAGAAUCAGGAAUGGAUUUGGACACAUAA